CGGUUGUUAAAGUAGUUCUCUUAGCGGAAAGAGGAUCAGUCAGUCCUCAGGGAAACAUCAUGUAGUUCAACACAGACUGAAGGCACUUUAAAUAUAACUCCACCGUGUUUUUAUAUAUUUUUUACUCACCAGGAAUCUUCUUUUUUCGGUGUUUUAAGCACCAACUGACGUGAUGUUCCUCCGCGGAUCUAAAAAGCGACGGUCUAACCGCUCGCAGGAGGAAGAGGACCCGGACCGAGGGCAGCCCUGCAUGCGCUGCGGGGAUCAGUGCCCCGGAUUCCAGGUCCACGGCUGGAGGAAGAUCUGUGUGCACUGUAAGUGUGUGAGGGAGGAGCACGCGGUGCGCGGCGUGCCGGGUCAGCUGGAGAAGAUGAUGACGAAGCUGGUGUCCGACUUCCAGAGACACUCCAUCUCCGACGACGACUCCGGCUGCGCCUCGGAGGAAUACGCCUGGGUGCCGCCGGGGCUCAAGCCCGAACAGGUGUACCAGUACUUCAGCUGCCUACCGGAGGACCGGAUCCCGUAUGUGAACAGUCCGGGGGAAAGAUACCGGAUCAAACAGCUGCUGCACCAGCUGCCAGCGCAUGACAGCGAGUCUCAGUACUGCAACACUCUGGACGACGAGGAGAAGAAGGAGCUGCGAGUGUUCAGUCAGCAGAGGAAGAGAGAGAACCUGGGCCGAGGCGUCGUCAGACUCUUCCCUCUGACGAUGACGGGCGCCAUCUGCCAACAGUGUGGCCGUCAGAUCUGCGGGGGGGACAUCGCGGUGUUUGCCAGCCGCGCGGGGCAGAGCGGCUGCUGGCACCCUCAGUGUUUCCGCUGCCACACCUGCAGCGAGCUGCUGGUCGACCUCAUCUACUUCUUCCAGGAGGGAAACAUCUACUGCGGGCGGCACCACGCCGAGAGGCUGAAGCCCCGCUCAGCCUGCGACGAGAUUAUUCUGGCUGAUGAGUGCACGGAGGCCGAGGGUCGGUACUGGCACAUGAAGCACUUCUGCUGCUUCGAGUGUGAGGCGUCGCUGGGCGGUCAGCGUUACAUCAUGAGAGAGAGCCGGCCGUACUGCUGCUGCUACGAGUCGCUGUACGCCGAGUACUGCGACUCCUGCGGGGAACACAUAGGUAUUGAUCAGGGCCAGAUGACGUACGAGGGGCAGCACUGGCACGCCGUGGAGACGUGUUUCUGCUGCGCUCGCUGCCGGCUGCCUCUCAUCGGACGACCCUUCCUCCCCCGAUCCGGACUCAUCUUCUGCUCCAGACCCUGCUCUCUGGGAGAAGACCCCGACAACUCAGACUCGUGCGACUCGGCUCUGCAGAUCAGACCCGCCGCCGGGCAGAGGCGCUGGGAGGCGGGGGGGAAACAGCAGCAGACCUGUGGUUCCCCUCUGCAGCCACCAGAGGGCGUCAGACUGCCCGUUACUGUGGCUAAAGACAGUAUGCACACAGCGGGGGAGAGCAGAGGUGUUCACUGCUCCGCUCCGGCUCAGAACGGCCUCCCUCCCCCCAGAGGCUCGUACUCCCCUCUCCCCCACAUCCACCUGGGGAACGGCUUGGGCCCGUCGUGGCCCAGCGACCUCCCCAACUACAGCCUACUGCCGGGGGACACUGCUCCUGUGAAUGGGAACAGUGGACUGACCGGUCUGAACUCCAGAGGAACGUCCAGCGCUAAAGACUGCAGGAACUGGGUGGAGAGGACCAAUCAGGUGAUGCAAGAUGGAUCGUCGUAUCACCAGCGCAGUCAGCGGCGGGGCUGGAGCCGGACUCGUGUUCCCUCGGACCCCGACAUCCACCCCAGGUCAGAGCAACGGCCCCGACGCCCUCGAUCCUCCGAACGACCCCGCCUCGAAGUCCUGGACUGGAGGGGUGAGAGAGGGGAGAGAGAGAGGGGCGAGAGAAGGAACUCCUCCUCUCUCACCCUGCAGUCGAGACACUACAAACACGAGGACUGCUCCACCUGCUCCUCCUCCUCCUCAGACUCCGAGGAGGAGGGCUUCUUCCUGGGGAAACCCAUCCCUCUACCCCCCCAGCUCCGAAAACAACCCCCCGAAGAGGAGUAUAGUGGGCGAGAGGAGGGGGGGGGAGAGGGAGGGGAGGGAGGUUCAGAGGGGGGGGGGGCUGAGAGGAAGCUUCAGGAGGAGGAGAGCUCACAGCCUCGGAGCUAAAGACAAAGAUAAAAACUGUGCCAUCUCCUAACGUCACAGAUCUCACAACCACAGACCAUACACUUACAUCAUUCACAGACCAUACACUUACAUCAUUCACAGACCAUACACUUAAAUCAUUCACAGACCAUACACUUAAAUCAUUCACAGACCAUACACUCACAUCAUUCCCAGACCAUACACUCACAUCAUUCCCAGACCAUACACUUCCAUCAUAUAUAUAUAUAUAUAUAUAUAUGUCCGACCAUGAGCUCUAUGAGCCCUUCCAAUCCGGCUUCAGACAGCAACACAGCACUGAGACCGCCCUCAUCAAGAUCACCAACGAUCUCCUCAUUGCUGCUGACUCUGGCCGCCUCAGCAUCCUCAUCCUCCUGGACCUCUCUGCAGCGUCUCUCACAACAUCCUCCUGACCCGCCUCUCAGACCUCCUAGGUGUCACUGGCACAGCGCUGUCUUGGUUCACAUCCUACCUCCAUAGCAGGAAACAGUUUGUCUCCAUCAGUGGCUCAAACUCACCCCCGGCCCCAGUCCACCACGGUGUACCCCAGGGCUCUGUGCUUGGCCCCCUCCUGUUCACCAUUUACAUGCUUCCCCUCGGCCAGAUCAUCCGACAUCAUGGACUCAAUUUCCACUGCUACGCUGAUGAUACCCAACUGUAUCUCAGCACCACUCCAUCCUCCCUGCUCCCCCCCUCAGUCGCUCAUCAACUGCCUGCAUGACAUCAAAGCAUGGAUGUCUUCCAACUAUCUUAAGCUAAACAGCAAUAAAACAGAGCUCAUGGUUGUGGGACCCAAGGCGCUGCUCCAGAAGGUUGGUGACUUCAUCCUCGAGGUUGACGGCUGCUCCAUCUCCCCAUCUCCUGAAGCCCGCAACCUGGGUGUCAUCCUCGACUCCACCCUCUCCUUCCACUCCCACGUCAAGUCUGUGACAAAUCAGCCUUUUUCCAUCUAAGGAACAUUGCAAGAAACCGACCGUCACUCUCGGAGUCGGUUGCCGAAAUCCUAGUCCAUGCGUUUGUCACCUCCCGCUUGGACUACUGCAAUGGUGUCCUGUUCGGGGUUCCCAACAAAACCCCUUACAGGCUCCAGUAUGUCCAAAACUGUGCUGCUAGGUUACUCACCAAUACAAAGCCGUGGCACAUCACUCCCACCCUCAUCCACCUACACUGGUUGCCGGUCAAGUCCCGCAUAUCCUACAAAAUCCUCCUCCUUACCUACAAGUCCCUCCAUGCCCAUGCCCUCCAGUACCUAUCGGACAUCCUUCACCCACAUGCCCCACCCCAGAACCUGCGGUCUUCAGACUCUGGCCUGUUUACCACCCCCCCGCACCAAACUGCGAACCUUCGGGGACAGAGCCUUCAGCGUGGCAGCCCCCACCCUCUGGAACGCUCUCCCUGCAGAGAUCUGCAACAUCGCCGCGCUUGACGCCUUCAAAAGGGCCCUCAAGACCCAUCUGUUCACCAAGGCCUUUGGCCCCUAAUCUAGUUGUUGUUUUUGUCUGACUGCCUUUUCUUUUGUUAUGUUUGGUUUGCCCUGUUCUUCCUUGUAAAGCGACCUUGGGUCCCAUGAAAGGCGCUAUAUAAAUCCAAGCUAUUAUUUUUAUCAUUCACAGACCAUACACUUCCAUCAUUCACAGACCAUACACUUCCAUCAUUCACAGACCAUACACUUCCAUCAUUCACAGACCAUACACUUCCAUCAUUCACAGACCAUACACUUCCAUCAUUCACAGACCAUACACUUCCAUCAUUCACAGACCAUACACUUCCAUCAUUCACAGACCAUACACUUCCAUCAUUCACAGACCAUACACUUCCAUCAUUCACAGACCAUACACUUCCAUCAUUCACAGACCAUACACUCAAAUCAUUCACAGACCAUACACUUCCAUCAUUCACAGACCAUACACUUACAUCAUUUCCUAAUUUGGGAUCAAUACAGGAUCUAUCUAACGUCACACCAAAGUUAAAUGAUGGUGCAGAGAGAACUGAAGCCUCUCAUCACUCUGGCAUUCAGACGGUUCAUGAUGAUACAAGACCUGCAGACUUUAAUAACAAAGGUGGUCACACACACUACUUAUCAAGAGGAAGCACAAUACACCUCGGGCGAGUCGAGGCCUUUCAUUUAACAGAAUCACAUAAUGGCGUAUUAGGGUCAGUGUAGGUGAAAAGCGAUACAAAAUGGAGUCAGGGAGGCGGAAUAAUCCAAGAAAAUACUCAACAUUUCUGAGAAAUAUCUAAUAUUUGUCACGAUUAUUCAGACACAAAUAUACGAGAACCAGAAAUGUACGAGAAAAAAUAUGACAUACUUGAGAUUUGAAGUAAUACAUUUAUGAAAAGAAAAUUCUGAAUCUAUGUAAGAAUUUAAGUUAUAAGACCAAAAAAAACGAAUAUUUGAGAACUCAAGUCAUACAUUUACGAGAAGAGAAAUCUGAAAUAUCUGAGAUUUGAAGUUAGAAAUGUUAUUUAAAAUCAGAAAUGUCCCCGAAGAAUAUCCGAGACAUUUGGAUAAACAUUCUUUUGGCUUUCCUUAGCAAGGUUUGAUCCACUUCUCGUCACAUUGCCGCUUCAAUCAGGAGACGGUUUUGAUGUAAGAGUACAUAUUAAUUGCCAGGAAUACACAAAGGAACGGAAUGGAGUUUUGGCGAGUAGGCCCCGUUGUGCGGGAGUAUCAUUCGGGAGGGGAGAACCGAUCCGAUGAAACCCCCCGGGGUCUAGACACUGAUGGUGGUGAAUGGAUAGUUGGGUUAGGUCUGAAGGGGAGGGGCUUAGCUUAACCCUGGACUCAGAGGGACAGGAGGUGAAAGGGGGGGAGGAGGGUUGCGUCGAGUCACCUGAAAUGACAGCUGUCAGAGGGGAGAGCAGAUUUAAAAAGGGUUAGCAGAGCGCUAUGAUAGGCUUGUGAGAUAGAGCGAAGUGAUUGGUUAAGCUGGGGAGUGACGCCCCCGAUCACUUAUUGAGAGGAGAGAGAGUAGUGACAUGGAAAUAGUAAUAGAGAAACCAUUUUAACUCACAUGUGAGAUUUGAAUCGAAGAAAUUCUGAUGAAUAUGAGUUUUGCGUUUCUGUCAUUUCAUUAUGAAGUUUCUAUACGCGCCGUCACAGUGUCGACUCUGCAUGGUUCACCUUCAGUGUAUACAAGUGUAUGAAACCUGUGAAAAGUGAUGACUAUUGGAAACGUUUGAAUUAGUAAGAGAGGGGUGGACAUUAUGCAAACUCGCUCCUCCAUCAAAGAAAUAUGAAAUAUAUCUUGUUUUUUAUCCCAACUGUAACCACUUCUCUGUGCUCUUAUGUGCUACUUUUAUAUAUAUGACUGUAAAAUGACAGCUUUGAACACUAAAUGGCCAAAUAUUAUGGGAUGGAGUUUCACACAAAGGAGAUUUAAAGUGAGCUCCUGAGGUUUGUGUGUGCCGUUCAAGUCCAGAUAAAACACUGCAGCGUUUGUAUACGUCUUAUAUUGAAAAAAACACUUAUUUUUAUAACCUUGGUGUCGGUUUUAUUUCUGGUUAUAAGACCAGAUAAUUAAUCUGUGUCUAUGAUUGUGAGACAACUUUAUGGUGAUAUUAAAUGUGUCUAAAUUGUU